AUGUCACUUAAUGAAAAUGAAGUAUAUGAAAUACAAGUAUAUACAAGAAAAUAUCGAAUAGGGACGUGUUUUGCCUGUCAAAAGUGUUUAUACUGUGGAAAAGACCUUACAUUUGAAAAUUGUCAUUGUAAUAAGUAUGAAAAACCAACUAAAAAUAACCGAACAGCCAAAGUACGUGGCUAUAGAGGUUUGUGCUAUGACGCAAGUAACGCUCAACCAUUUUUAAAAGAAUUUAUGAAGAAAAGUAAUCUUAAGUUUGGUUAUGAAGUCAACCUGGCAACUUCCUUUUAUUGUUCACUUUGUACAGCUUGUAAUAGUAAAAUAAGCUGA